GAGUGAGAAACCUUUUAACAGAACCCCUUAAAGUGAGCACUUGUCAGACAACCUUCCAAGGCAGGCAGUUUUGAAGACCGCCUCAGAAAUACUUUGUGAACAGUCCUGUGAGUUGAUGGGAAUGGAUUUUUGGUAAUUAUUUGAUUUGGCAACAUGAACUGUAACUCAAAAUUGUGCAACGAAAGUCUAGCAAGAUACUGUACUUCAGUUUUCAAAACCAUCUGUAGUAGUACAGAAAUAGCUUUUGCUGACCAAAUGAUUUCUGUUAGAAGGGAACUAGUCUUGAUUUUGAGCAGCAAUGUUUGGUGGCUAGAAAUUUGCAGAACAAUUCCUUCUUCACAGAGAAAAGGGCUAUUUCUUACUUUCUGCUUUUUACAAUGUUCCUGUUCCAAAGAAUCUAGCUGUCGCCACCAUCUUUUAAAAGCAAGCAACUUUGUAGAUUGGUAAGUUAAUUUAAGGGGGGGGAGCACUUGCCUUUAUGUGAAUAAACAGUGAAAAAGUCAACAUAGAUAGGAAUUCUGCACGAAUUUCUAAGCCUGUAAAUUGACCAAGAUGUAAAAUAUGUGAAUAUUGAUGAUUAAUGAACCAGUUAACACUUUACUGUUAUGUUCAUUUUGUUGAGAACAUUGGAAUUCCAAUUUUUCCAGUUUUUGUAGUCAAAGUCCUUUAAUUUUCACUUCCAUUGCUGGAUUUUACCAAUGGUGCUAACAUUUAAACUAAUAUACAUGCCUUGGCUGCUUUUAAUUGACACAAAAAAUUGGGUCAAUUAAAAGCCUGCUUUUAAUUGACCCAAAUAUCACUUUCCAGUACUCUUGAAUGUGCAGAUGAAACUAAAGCUCCAAUCCUAUAGCCAGUUACCCAUGAGUAAGCCCCACUGAAUGCAAUGUAUAUGUACAGGAUUGCCCAGUGAAUGUACAACUUGCCCCAGUUGGAGCUGAUCCAUUUACACAAUUUCAGUGAUGUGAAAGCAGAGUUUUGAAAUUAGUAUCAGCCUAGAUCUUAAAACACUAUCCGGAGGAAAUGAAUAUGCAGGCGGAGUAUUUUGAAAGUCGAUCAGAGUUUUGUUUGUUUUGUUUUUAGAGUAAAGUAAUAUUCUGGAUAGGUUAGCCAAAGUCUAAUGAAAGCAGGACUUCUGCACUUUAAUAGUUGUGUAGAUGACCCUGAAUAUUAAUUUAUUAAUUAAUAAAAUGUAUACAUCACUUGGUUGCAAAAAAACCACACCAAAACCCUCAAAGUGGUUUUGUAUUAUUAAUAUGAGGUUUUAUAAUACAAAAAAGAGUAAAGGACCCCUGGACGGUUAAGUCCAGUCAAAGGCAACUUUAAAAGUUUCUGAAAUGUGGUGUCCAAUAUUUGUGGUUUAGCAGCUGUGCAAGCAUUGUUUUUUACAGAAAAGCCCUUGAUAUAGACAAUAAUGCCAAAACGUGCCGGGCAUACAGUAUCUAUAAUAAAACAUGCUCUUGUUUUUAAAUCUUUGAGACAUAUUUCUCCUUUUUGUUCUGCACUUAUGGAUACUUCCUUUUUCAUGUUGUUUUCUUGUUUCUGUAGUAUCGUUUGUUGCCAAAGGCAACUGACAUGCUGUAAAAUGGCUGUUUUAACCAUGUCUGCUCAGAAGUAAAUCCCACUGAAUUCAGUGAGGCUUUCUCCCUGGAAAGUAGGGUUAGGAUUUCAACCUUAACCUGCUUCCUGUUGUGAAUUUUUAACUCAUCAUUGUUCCUUUCACUGGGUUAGAAGUGAUCACUUUGCUAUCUGUAUGUUGUGUUACUACUCCGUAAAGUCGUCUAUUUUCCCCCAAAGUGGGAAGAACCAGCUGGAUUUGACUGCCUAUUUUUGACCACCCAAAGUCUUCAUUUUAAAUUAAAUUUUAAAUCCCUCCCCUCCUCUCCACAUUAAACCAUCCCUUUCUGCUGCCUAGCUCAGUUUUUGCAGCAUCUCUGAUGUAUCUCAACCCUGCCUGGAGACACCAGCGACUGAACCUGAGACCUUCUCCAUGCAAAGCCGAUGCUGUAACACUGAGUUUUGGCCCUUCCAGAACUUUAUACUGAACUGCAAUCCUAAGCCCAUUUAUCUGGGAAUAAACAUGGGUGGCGCUGUGGGUUAAACCACAGAGCCUAGGACUUGACGAUCAGAAGGUCAGCGGUUCGAAUCCCCGCGACGGGGUGAGCUCCCGUUGCUCGGUCCCUGCUCCUGCCAACCUAGCAGUUCGAAAGCAUGUCAAAGUGCAAGUAGAUAAAUAGGUACCGCUCCGGCGGGAAGGUAAAUGGCGUUUCCGUGCACUGCUCUGGUUCGCCAGAAGUGGCUUAGUCAUGCUCGCCACAUGACCCGGAAGCUGUACGCCGGCUCCCUCGGCCAAUAAAGCAAGAUGAGCGCUGCAACCCCAGAGUUGGUCACAACUGGACCUAAUGGUCAGGGCUCCCUUUACCUUAAACCCCACUGAAUUCAGUGGGAGCUACUUCUGAGCAGACUUUGGUUUGUAGCCAUAGAAGGCUUCAGUGAGAAGGCUUUGGUGAUUUGCUCCUAAGUCACUUCACUCAUUUUGUUUUUAAGGUGUCGUAAGACUCUUCUGUUUGUGCAGAAGACUAACUGAGUGAUCUGUUUCUUUAUGCUAGAAGGGGACCCGAAGGAAUGCAGUUGAUUUGCAAAUAUCUGUUGAUGACUGAGAUUUUGGUGUCUAUUGUGUGCUACACAAAAGAGAACAUAUAUUUCUGCAUUAACGAAAGACAAAAUGGUACACAGAGUUGUUCAAUCGGAGUUUAACAGAAAAUACCAGUUGAAAGUGGGAAUGAAUGGCAGAAUGGAUUAAGAUGUGUCUGAACAUCGCUAACCAAUAAAGACAUUCAGUGGGAGAAGGUGGUCAGAAAUACAAUCAGAGCAUUAUAGGCAAAUAUGUUAACAUCUGCAGGGUUCUGUCUCGGGUUUGCUGUUGUUCAACAUCAUUAUAAACAACUUGGAUGAUGGUGUUCAGGGGAUUCUUAUCAAAUCUGCAGAUGACACCAAACUGUGAGGGGUAGGCAAUGCCGCAGAAGAUAGAAGUAUAUUUCAAGAUGACCUAAGCAGAUUGGAGAACUGAGCUAAAACUAACAAAACAAAUAUCAAUAGGGACAAAUGUAUGGUUCUGCUCUUAGGCAGGAAGAACCAGCUGCACACAUAUAAGAUGGGAGACACCUGGCUUGCCAGAAGUACAUAUGAAAAGGAUCUGGGGGUCUUGGCAAACCACAAGCUUAACACGAGUCAACAGUGUGAUGCAGCAGCAGCAAAAAAGCUAAUGCUAUUCUAGGCUGCAUCAAAAGAAGUCUAGCAUCCCAAUCAAGGGAUGCAAUAGUGAUAGCCACCUUCAAAUAUCUAAAGCGUUGUCACAUGGAGGAUAGAACUUGUCUUUUCCUGCUCCAGAGGCUAGGAACCAAACCAAUGCAUUCAAGUUAAAAGGACAGGACAUUUCAACUAAACACCAGAGAGUUUUCUGACAGCAUGAGCUGUUUGACAGUGGAACAGACUCUGAGAGAUAGUGGUCUCUCCUUCUGUGGAGGUUUUCAAGGAGAGGUUGACAUGUGUGAUCUAGUUGAGAUUCCUGCAUUGCAGAGGGUUUAACUAUAUGACUCUAUGAUUCUGUGAUCCAUUUUCCCCUCCCAGUUUUUUGUGUGUUUCUUUACUCUUAUUCUUUAUUCUCAAUAUUUGUCUGCCAAUAUCUUGAUCCUCAUAAGCAGACUUGUUUGCCAGUAUCUUGAUCCUCAUAAGCAGACUGAAUAUUCAACAUUAGCAAUAGUUUUUUAAAAUAAAUACAUAAAUAAAUAAAUAAAUAAAUAAAUAAAUUAUGUAUUACAAUAAAGUUUCAUGCUGAUAUCUUAUAUGAUGCAUGUGAAUUCUUUAUUCUCAGGGAAGAAGAUGGACGAUUAUACUGAUUUGCCAGAAGAUUAUUAUCUAACCACAUCUUAUUACUAUGAUACAGAUGUAGCCCCAGUCCGCAUCGUGGCGGGGGAAUCAUUUGCGUCUUAUGUUGUGCCACCGCUUUACUCUUUGGUGUUCUUAUUUGGCCUGUUGGGCAACUCACUGGUGGUGCUGAUCCUCAUCAGAUAUAAGAAGCUCAAGAACAUGACUGAUAUCUACCUGCUCAAUUUAGCCAUCUCGGACUUGCUUUUCAUCUUCUCGCUCCCAUUUUGGGCUUAUUACGCAGCCCACCAGUGGGUAUUUGGAGAUGCAAUGUGCAAAAUUCUCUCUGGGAUCUAUUAUGUAGGCUUCUACAGCGGAAGUUUUUUUAUCAUCCUUUUGACAAUUGAUAGAUACCUGGCCAUCGUCCACGCAGUGUUCGCAUUAAAAGCCCGGACGAUCACCUAUGGCACCGUCACAAGCGUCGUCACUUGGGUGGUGGCCUUAUUCGCCUCUGUGCCAGAAUUUGUAUUUCACCAUGUUCAAAUGGAAUCUGAGACCCACAAAUGUACCAUUCAUUAUCCCAAACAUGAAAAUGAUUGGAAGCAAUUUUUAACUUUAAUGAGGGUUGUCUUGGGCCUAGCUCUUCCUGCAGUCAUCAUUGUUUUCUGUUACAUGCAGAUUAUAAAGAUUUUGAUUAAGGGUAGAAAUGAGAGGAAACAGAAGGCUGUCAAGCUUAUUUCUGUCAUCAUGAUUGUUUACUUCCUUUUAUGGAUGCCAUACAACAUCACUCUUUUGUUGCAGACCUAUCAAGAUUCAAUUUUCUCAUGUGGCUUAAAAAAUGAUUGUGAGGGAAAGUUAUCUGUAGCCAUUGGGGUGACAGAGAUAAUUGCUAUGAUCCACUGUUGCAUCAACCCUGUGAUCUAUGCCUUUGUGGGGGAAAAAUUUAGGAAAUAUAUCUCUAUCUUUUUCCAGAAGUGUACAUUAGUUCCUCUCUGUCCAGGUCGCGAUCACCCUAGUUUAGACCGGUCUACUUCCUCCUACAUGAGUACAACAGAACAUGACAUUUCUAUUGGUUUGUAAAGUGAUUUCCAGUUGUGUGCUCUUUUUGUUUGUGUGCCUCUGUUUAGUUGUUAUGCCUAAGGAGCAGGGGACUAUCAUGAUGAACUCCUGCACAUUAAAAUUUAUAAGUAUACUACUGCCAGGCUAGGCAUGGUCAAAUCUGUCAGUUUUCAAUUUCAGCAAGUUUCUGAUUUUUCCAUUAUUAUGUUUUGUUCUCUACAGUUUGUGAUUUUUAAAAAAUAUAAAUUCACCAGCAUUUCCACUAAUAUCUUUUCACUGCAAUUUCUCCUAACAUACACAUUUUUGCAAAUUGAUUUUCUGUAAUAUAAUGCACUUUCAUAUGCCAUUUUCACUAAUGUGUGCAUUCUAAUGGACAUUUUAUAUCCUAGCAUAUGCAUUUUUGUACACAUUAAUUGGCCGAAGAAGUGAACUGCAAAAUUUGGAGAAAUGCACAUUUUUCAAGGAUCUUGGUUCUUGCAUUGCAUUUGAAAGAACAAAUUAAGUAGCCUUGUCCGUAAAUGCGAACUGAAUCUAAUUUUCCCCCAAUCUUUACACAUAGCACAGAUCUGGAGUUUUGUUACAUUAGAAGAAAUCAAAAUUAAAAUGCUGGUGACUUUUCUGGAGAACUUAAAAUAUAUGCUGCGGGGAGGACUGUCUCACAAACCCGCAGAUCGUCUGUGAUCUGUCAGCUUGCAUCAUGGUGCGAGCGGCAGGAAUGCUGGGUCUAAGGGCACAGCAAAGCUGGCACUCUCCAGAGCCACUCCUACAUGCAAGAGACACCUGUUUCUCAUAAUUAUAAGAUUGGGUGUGGGGGGAACCAGGCAUGUUGCAGAUGGAGGAGAAAAAAGAAGAAAAAACCCUGCUAAAUUAUACAGUCGUUGGAUGUUGAAUUUCGGACUUUAAACGGACUCUCAUCUUGAAACGUGGAUUAAGGAGGUGAGCAACCACUAUCUUUCCAUACUUGCUAUAUUACAUCAUGAUUUGGCAAAGCUCAGCCAGAAAGAAUUUAAUUACUUAAAUAAAACACAAGAGGCAAAAAUUAUAACUGAAUGCAUGAUAUACAGCCCUCAAAAACCCCAAGAGAAGUUGGCAAAACAAGAUCAGUUAUGGCAGUUCAGACUAAAGACGGAAACAAAAUGGCGAUCAUUAUUGCGCAGUUACAAAAAAAAAAAAGGGAUUCUUACGGAAAAGAGCUCCUUUGGACUUAGGGUGUACUGUAUUUCGUUCUAAAAUAUAUCUGCUUGUGUGGAUUAUUUUUAUACAUUAUUGUGGACAGAAAGACAGAGAGCUCUGGAUCCCUGCCAGCUCUUCUAGGGCCUGGAAGAGCUGGGGGGGGGUAUCCUGUUUUUCUUGGAGGAAUUUAAAUAAUUUUCAUAUAAUAUAUAGCUGGGAAGCACUUCCCACAGUACAGCAAUAUAUGCAGACAUAUACGGUCAUCAGCUCUUUAAAAGACAUCGGGGAGAAUUUGUUGAUUGGCCAUUUAUAAACUUUACUUUUGGAAUGAAGCCCAGUGUCUUUAAUGAGAACUUGACGAACAAAAGAGAAAUAAGAGGACUGAAUACCAAAUAACUGGACAGAGAAUAAGAUGAUUUAAAAAAUGCCUCUUGUGGAUUAACAAUAUGGAAACUUUGCUACAGAAGAUGCGAGCCACAGAAACAAUAGCUGAUUAGACUGAGAAUAAAAAUGGAUAAUAUUAGUUUUGAAUUUGAAAAAUACUGAAAAUGCAGAGACAUGAAUGAGGAUGAUUAUCUCUAGACAUCUGGAACUUGGGAAGUCCCAAUAAAGUUUUGAUAAUUGGAAUAU